AUGUCUUUCACUGAAAAGCGAAAAGUUUGGACCAGAGCUGAAAGGUUGGGCUUUCUCAAAUGCUACAAUGCAAGGAAGGAUGAAUUAAACCACACAAGAAAAAAAUUUGCUUAUUCCAAUGUCUUGGAAGAUAUGGUAUCUCAAGAUCUUGGAAGAUAUGGAUUCAAAAACAACGGUAAGUUCUUUGAGAGCCGAAUGAGGACUUUACUAACAGCUUACAAAUAAGCCAAGGACAACGCGAAGCGAACUGGGGCUUCGCCAUGUAUGGAUGAAAUAUAUGGCGAUAUCCCCAUAAUUAGCAAUUCUCAUACACUUAAAUUGGGAAAUGGCCCAACUGAAUCAUUAAAAGAAAGUUUGAGCAAUCCCCAAAGAAGAAAAUCGUAUAUGCAAAUAUAUUAUGAAAAGAAAUUGGAACUAAAAACAAAAGAAGCAGAGGAGAAAAAAAAUGCGGAGGCAGAAUUAGUUAGUUAG